AUGACGGAUGAACAACAACACAUCAGAGGUGGCAUCUGGACCCAGGAAUUUUGGACUCUAAAUCCAACAGGCUCCCCCCAUGGCAGCCCAAAGAAAAAAUGUAAGUCCAGCGGUUCACUCGUAGCAACCCAUGACUACUACCGAAGGCGUCUGGGUUCCACUUCCAGCAACAGCUCCUGUGGAAAUGCUGAGUAUUCUGGGGAGGUGAUCCCCCAUCAUCCUGGUCUUCCCAAAUCAGACCCAGGCCACUGGUGGGCAAGCUUCUUCUUCGGGAAGUCGAGUCAUCCAUUCAUAACAACUGUAUUGGAAUCCCCAGAGCACUCAGGAACUUUCCAGGUUGCUCAUGGCAUGAUCACCUGUGACCUGGCUCAGGAGGCCAUGAGGAAGCGGCAUGUCAGCGAGCCCAGCAAGACCAGCACUGGCCCUUCUGCAUGA